AUGAACGAACCGCGCGAUAUCGAAGAUCUUCUGCAGAAUGGCUAUUUCAAGACUUCGAGGGCCAAAACGCCCAAGCCAUCUGAUACGGAACCACCUGCGGUUCCCCCUCAUAACUCGAGUAUUACCCGCACGAACUACAACCCAGAUCCCCAGAUUCCCCGAUUCUUCGACGCACCGUUAAGACUUUCUCAUCGCAAAAACUAUCCUCCCCCUCCUAGUGUUGAAGAUGAGACGGCAUCGCUCCUUAGGGAACACGGCAGCAUCGUGUCAGCAUCCAGCGAUGAGCCUCCUUCGCGGGGCGACGCUGAACAGCACCCAAUAAUUAUGGAAGUGCACGAAUACAAUCCCGAGCGCCGUUUCGUUAUUGUGCCGAAGUCUGCUAGCGAGAAGGGAGACGAAGACUCGUCUGAUGACGCCAAGUCGAGUUAUUCUGGUGGCCCACGCUCCGGAAAACAGGCAGUGAACGGCGAUUACGAAGCGAAUACUGGCAGGAAAUACCAUACCUCUCGGGCUGAUGAUAUGGACAGCCCCAAACGGCCCGAGCUUGAAAAGAGGAAGAGCAGACAGGAUCUCCCUCGGAUCGAGACCGAUGUCACAACAGAGCAGCCCCGAACCAAAAGACAUGAGCGAACGAAGUCCGCUACUCGUGUAGAGCAGCAGCCGUCUGACUACUUUUCAAAGUAUGACAAGCGCCAGCCGAACGAAACUCUGCUCUCUCCUCAAGUGAUCAAGCACGCCACAGGAGGCCGGGAAAAAGUGUACUAUGACUACUCUCAGGCUGGUCGGAACGGCGUUCCUCGACCUCAACGAAGUCACUCGAAUCUUGCCGAUCAACGAAGAUUUGACGACAACUAUACGCGGCAAACAUCGUCAUCCAACCCGCCGCCUUCCAGGCGCUCGAACACGAACAUUGAUUCUUCCAAAGAGCCCAGGCAGUUGUCUGGCGAUAGAGUUAGCGAAUCUCCCCGUUAUCAACGUGAGCGUGUGGUACCGCGAGGUGAGCGGCCAGAAAACAAAGACCCAUCACCGCCGUACGACCGGUCAGAACGCGAUAGGGAAUCGAAACGCACGCCAACUUACAAGCGCGACUCGCCGCGACGGAGAGAUGAUAGCGGCUCUAGUAGCAGCGAUUAUUCGCACACACCGCGAACGGCCAACGCUCGAAGGAGAAGGUCGAUUGUGAAUCAAGAAGGCAGAGAAAACAUUUUGAGCCCAGAGCAGGCCAGGCCAUCACAACCAGGCAGAUCCAGAUCGCGUGCGCCGCCCGAGGCAGUCAUGCCAUCCCCGCGGGUAUCAACCAAAUCUUUCACCGAUGACCUUCCUCCUCCUCCUCCGCCUCGCUCCUCGCAGACCUUCCCAGUGGUCAAGGAUCCUAGAGACAGUGGAGAUGCAAAAGAUAAACCCACGCCUUACCCUGACGAUGAUUUAUUGCCCGGUACCAGUCGUCUGAACCUUCGCGACCCUGACCCUUCUCGCUCUCGCUCUCGGGCCUCCACGUUCAACGUCAAUAAUUCGGUGGUGAUGCCAGCGGUCAUGCCUCCAAUGCCUGUUCCCGCUGGACCACGUAGCCCUACUGAAAAAAGGAGAUCGCCUGAAAGGAGACCAGUUACGCAGCCUGGAGGGCUCCCUCCGCAAGCAGAACAAUGGCCACCAGCCAAGUUCGACCCUGCAAAGACUGCGCUUGCUGUUGAUGGGCCAAGAGGCAGCUACCGUCGGUACUCACACGAUGCGGAUCGGGGAGGUGUUCCUGACUUUCCUGAUUGUCCUCGAAAGGAAGGUGUCGUCGGGUAUGCGGACUGGCUCAGCCUACCACGGUGCGACAACUUCAAUAUCUGCCCUGACUGCUACAACGGAGUAUUCUUGAACACGGAAUUCCGCAAUGAUUUCAUGCCUAUGCUUUUCCGUCCGAUGGACAAGCCGAUUGCUUGUGACUUUGGUUCGUGUGGGUGGUACCAUAUUGCAUGGUUGCUGACUCUGAAGAACCGUCAUACGGACUUGCGCCUGUUCUAUCAGGUUGCCAACGUUGCGAGCAAGGUCACUAGUGGGACUCAGCCUUGCCCUGGUGAUCGCCGUGUCACACGCGUGUGGUAUUCGCUCAAGAACCCUUACUCCCAGACAACUAUGCCUGACUUCACUGUCUGUUAUGAAUGUGCCAAAACUAUCGAGGGGCUGUUGCCCAACCUGACUGGUGUGUUUGUUACCCUCCACCCUGCAGCACAACCGACCAGGGGCACUUGCGCGAUGCAUUUCAACCCAGAUCGAAAGCGUUUUGUAAUGUAUUUUGACACGCUUGAGACGACAUCGGAUAUUGCUCUCGCCACAACUCAGGCACCGAACAUCGGCAAGCUUGUCAGCGAUAUUGAGAGCCUGUCAGUAUACGCAGAGUGCUGCAAAGAUAACCCCGUUUAUGAUCAAAACUGGCACGUCAUGCAGUUCCUCCCGCAGUUCACCGUUUGCGGUGACUGUUUCGAUGAGGUGGUCGCACCUCAACUUAAAGAUGGCAAUAUUGUUGCCCGAAACUUUUAUGUGAAGCCCCAACGGAUAGAGGAAGCAACAUGCCAGUUGUACUCUACUCGGAUGAGGGCAGUCUUUGACAAAGCCUGCCGGCGGAAUGACCCGAAAUAUCUCGAGGUCAAGGUUUUGGAGAGGCAAAAGAUGUUUGUUGAGACGUAUAAGCGGUUAUCUAAGCUUGAGCAAGAGAGAUCCCUUUGGGCUAGGGAAGAAAGCAAGAAGCUGCUCCAGGAGUGGGAAAAAUGGGAAUGA